AUGCCUUUCACACGCACAUCUGCACGCCGCUCUCGCCCUAGGGCCAACAACCAGACUCCCACUUUGCGCCGCGAAAACGCCGAAGUGAUUUACGAGAAUGUCGACGACGUCGACCUGUUUGGGGGGGUCGAUAUCGACCAAAUCCUGGAUUUCUUGAUGCCGCCAACCGCGCCCCUCAAGUCGCUCCUGCCUCUCACCUUCUCAAACGAGAUGACUGUGUAUUCCACAUUUGCGGAGAGGCUUCCAAGUUACGAGGAGGCAAAGAAGGAGAAAGAAAAGGAAGAUGAAAAGACUGGAGAAGGUAUUUCCUCCCCGCUCUCAGUAGGAAAAUCUGAGCAGACCACCGAUGCAUCAAUUUUGCAAACAACAAACACUGUCAUCAUAAUCGAAAGCGCAAAAAUGUCGUCCCAAUCAAACAUUCCCCGCGACACCCAGCUACGCAACACCCACCCUCCCAGCCUCCAACAACCAGCCGCGACAGCCAGUUCCCCCACACUCCUCGAAGAAAUCGCCGCCGAAGUCGAAGCAGCCAGGUGGGCGGCACUCCCUAUCCAAUAUCUUGCGGUAUUCGACCCAAACGACCCAGAGGGCGACCGGGCUCGCGAGCUGGAUUUCUACAAUGCGCUCGCCGGCGCCGACGAUGCUUUGUUUGAGUCGAUCUACCAUCACGUUACGGAUCAGAUUUUGAGGAACCGCGCCUCCUUCCAGUAUUACCGCGAUAACGCGCCGCCGCCGUACACGACUCAUCCGACAAAGGGCGAGAUCACUGUCGAGAUGUCUCCGGAGGUGGUUCUGCCGGCGUACCUCCCUCCUUACACCCCGUUUGGGCAAGGUCAGAACUGGGAGGGCGAGGACGCAGAAAAAGAAGAGGAGGAAGGUGUGGUGGUGGAGGACGUCGGGGAGAAAAGUGGAAGCGUCGUCCAUGAAAUGGCCGCUACGAAUCCGGAACUAACGAUCCCCUUCCUAUGCGGUCGACGUAUUCCACUCCGUACUGUCGAAGAAUACUGGCCGGUAGUUCUUGUCCUCGUUCUCAGCCCUUACAUUUAUCCUCAAGAUCCUCUCUUGUUCGCCGGCUUCGUGUUAUUUACCCGCCUGGUGGGCUUCCUCUUCGAAAAGGCCAGGGGCAACGAAGUCAAGGAGUAUGACUUGAUGCAAGCGGGCUUUGACCACGACCAUUGUAAGUACAACUUGCUCUUCAUUGUCUCUUGUGUGUUCACAGCUGCUAACUAG